AUGGGUGACAAAAUCGCGAUUAUUGGAUCGGGCAAGAAGGCUUCUUCCUCCCCGCGUUCCGACAAGCACGAGUAUGUGGAUUUUCCCGGCGAGCUAUCAAGCUUCGGUGCGCGACAUGACAAUGAUCACGCACUGAUAGAAGAUAUUCGAAUACUGCCGACACUGUCCGAAAUUCAUAGCCAACGGGAUGACUUUCUCCCAACAAGGGUCACCCGCACAUCCUCAAAUUCUCAUCACCAGGAAGGGAUUCUCCGACUUCUCGACAGCCAGUUUCGACUGUUACGUGAGGAUACAUCUGGCCUUCUUCGGGAUGCUGUUCGUCUGGUCGUGGAGCAUUGGGAAACCAUUGUCUCCGAAACCAACUGGGGCGAUAAACGCAAACUUAUACGUAACGGAAGUCCAACACCGAUGCGUAUUUACUACUGUGCGCAAAUUCAAGUGUUGAAAGCGAGUUGGAUCAAGGGUCUGGAGAUUGAUGUCGAGUUUAACCAAAUUAAGAGAACCAAAAAGAUGGGUCCAUCUCAACGAAAGAAACAUUGGAUCAACUCCCGUGCCCUUAGAGAAGGAGGGCUCGUGGCACUAGUUGGUGGAGAUUUUGAUGAUAAUAUGAAUGUGGUCUUCAUGCAGGUCUCUAAACGAGAGGUCAACCCGACCAAGGAGGGUUCCCCGAAGGCUGCGUACGAUGUGGUGAGCAGUGGUGAACGCGCAAUGGUUACCCUUCGCUUUCCAACCACACCAACGAAAGUCGAUCUCUCUUGCCUCAUGAGUAUGAAGUCCGAGCACCAGCAGGGUGCCGAAAGACCGCUGAUUUUGGCGGAAUUUCCGGCGGUGCAGUAUAAUCAAUUCGAGGGAGCGGAAAAGAGCAACCCUAUAAUGACGUUGCCUCAUACGUCCCACCGCCCUGUUAUUUGA